AGUAUCAACCAUCACCUCCAACCAUACAAUUCUUUUUAGAGAAAGCACUAAUACACAUAACAAAGCUGGACCGGAAGGAGCUUUGUUUGGUUGGUGCAGGAAGGACAGAUGCAGGUGUUCAUGCACGGGGUGGCACAUUUCACCAUGCCUUUUGCCUACCAUUGUCUCGAUAGCUUUCAUUCUGCAAUCAAUGGGCUUCUACCUCCUGAUAUUCGAGUUAGGGAAAUUAGUGAAGCAAGUCCGGAAUUCCAUGCUCGCACAUCCUCAAAGAGCAAAAUAUAUCACUACAAGAUCUAUAAUGGAGCAGUUAUGGACCCCUUCCAUAAUAAUUACGCCUACCAUAGUGCACAUAAACUUAAUCCAGAUGCUAUGCGGGAGGCUGCAAAGCAUUUUGUUGGAGUACAUGACUUCACAUCUUUUGCCAAUGCAGUACACAACGAUCGUGUCCGCAGUCCCAUAAAGCAGAUAUCACGCUUUGAUGUUACUGAAAUGGAUGCUAUCAUACAGCUCGAGGUUGAAGGCACUGGGUUUUUGUACAGACAAGUGAGGAACAUGGCAGCUUUGCUAAUUCAAGUUGGGAAGGAGGGACUGCCUCCUGGAAUCGUCCCAAAAAUAAUUGCAGCAAAGGACCGCAAAGAACUAGCGAAGGUGGCCUUUUUAGCACCACCUCAUGGAUUGUAUCUCAUGUCAGUCAACUAUGACAAAGAAAUUUUGAAGCCUCCUGAAGGGUCCCCUCCAAUUAGCUUUGGUAGGAAUCAUCAGAUUAGUAGAUGCAAACUUUUGUUCUAUUGAUUCUUUCUUGAAGAGCUAUUAGUAGGGGUUGUGCCAUUUUCAGAGUUUAUUCCACUAGAAUUUAUGCCGUAUCAGCCGUAGUACGUAUGAUUUCUCACAGUUACGGUUUUUU